CUGCAUUCUGGGGAUUUUACGAUGUUGUAAGGACGUUAGUGGACGGUGGAGCUGAUGUAAACACACAAAACGCCGGGAGUCUGUGGACGCCUUUGCAUGCAGCAACUUUCCAAGAACAUGGCAAGGUAUGUUUUAGUGAAAUCAUGAAAUUUUGAAUUUGCUCACGUCACCUUAGUUGAGCCGCUAUAUCUUCCACAGUAAUAUACUCUUAAUAAAGGAAUACCGAAUGAUUUUCCGUGCAGGAUUGCGUGAUCCAUGCACGCGGGAAGUUGCGAGACUUUCGGAAAGCGUGAAAAUACACGAGCCGUAGGCGAGUGUAUUUUUAUGCUUUCCGAAAGUCGAGCAACAUCCCAAUUGCAUGGAUCAUGCUAUCCUGCACGGGAAAGCCGUUUGGUAAUUGUUUUAUAAAAUUACUACAGUGAAACGACGGUUAACUUUAUUAGAAUUACUGAUGAAAUGUGCAGUUCUCACGACAAUCGUGAAUUAACCAAUCGGAGAAUCGCUACUCCACGCUAUUGAAAACAAGAACAAAUGUGAACAGAAUUUGAUCGCAAAUUCGCGAAAAUAUACAGCGAAAAUACAGGGACUUUUUCGAUAAAAUAUACGAAAUUUGAAAUGGAAAACCCGCUAAACAGAGAGCCAAAGUAGUUUUGAUGAUUCUCGACCUGAUUGCGAAGCGUUUGAUCAACUUUGAAGCGAGAGAUGUUGUACACUUGUACUUGUCAUGGUCUGAUGAAUUUCAACGCUACACUUUGCUACUUGCUGGAUAGCAAUGUCUCGAUCAGAAAUUUAUUCAUACAACUAAACCAACUUUCAAACUUGUAAAAUUAUGUGCAAGAAUUUCUGUUCAGAAUUUCCCGUGCAGGAUUGUCUGAUUCUGCACGGCUGUUGACCAAUCAAAUUGCGUGUUUCACUGUAGUUAUUAUAUAAUGUCUGCUCACGUGCUGUCAUUAGGCAAUGAUGCUAACCGUGCAACCUGUUGCCAGACAUUUAUUAUAAUAGGCGGUCAAGGUGUUUCAGAUAUGAAAAUAUUAAAUUUGAGCUCUCUGUCCCAUUUCUCCAUGGCAGAAAUGAUAGGCAGAAAGGCAUGAAGUGUGUCUCAUUUCCAGACUUUACACCGUCCACUCCUAUGGUAUCAAUGAACGCGUUUUCCCUAUGUUUAGCCCUAUGUGCCUUUGCCUUACAUAAACAUGCUGGAUAUUGAUAGUACUUUUGAUUCUCAUGCAUCGUAUUCAUGCACCUUAUACUUGUUUCAUUGAUGAUUUUCCGUAAAUAUUUUGUAUAUCAUUUAUAUGUUCCCUUUUUAAUAUUCUCAUGCAUCCACUUUCGGUCAUUGGUAAUAACCAUAGAUAUCUUAUAUACACUAAAUAGUGCAUCUAAUUCUUCUGCAAUUCAAAAAUUGAAGCCAUGAUUGCAGUCUCAGGUCGUUCCCAUGAAAUGAGAAGAUUCGUAUGUUUUCUAUUUUUUAAACAGGGAACUUAAACAUUAAGUUAACCCUAUUCCAAAUACAUUUUUAAACUAUUCGAAUGAUGAAAGUUAUUGUUGUUUUUAAGCGUUUUUUACUAAGUGGGAAGUGGAAACAACCAACAUGGCCGCCAUCUAUUCAAAUGGGGGUAACCGCUGGAAUAUUCUUGGCUUCAAUUUUACUAAAAGAGAUGCGCUAUCUAUAGUGUAUCUUAAGAUAUCUAUGGUAAUAACUAAUUAAAAUUAUGGUAUAUAUGAUUUAUUUUGUAAUUUCCACAUUUUCCGCAAUAUUUUCUUAAUAUAAGAUAAUAAAUGGUGCCUAAAAAGUAAAAUUAUCAUUUGGCAGAUAAUUAUGUACCUGUUGGCACACGGAGCAGAUCCCAGCAUGAAAGAUUCUGAAGGGAGGUAUGUCUUUUGCUGCCUAUGGCUCCUGUAGGGCUUGAAGGUUUAAAUUUUGUUUCACACAUUCUGAGUUAUCAACUUUCUCAAUUCGGUUGCAUUGCUCACAUCGCUGACAGCGUGUUGACUGUAUCUAUUGAUUGUGGAAUAUGUAGUCACCUCUGCAACCGUGACUUGAUCCUGAAGUAUGCACUUUCCUAAUUAGAAUUUCGCCUGAGUCCUGAUUCUUAGCCACUGUCUGAUGGUUGGGCGUCUACUCUAAAUUUGGAAUGUGGCGUACAACUUAACUGUGGAACUCGUUGUAAGGACACAUACUGUACACUCUCUGCAUGGUUACCGUUAGGUGUAGAAUAUAUAUUGUAUAUUUCCGAUGGCAUAUUAAGAAAAUAGAAUCCGGUGUUAGAGUGUCAAAUUAAGCUAUACUCUACUGGAUUGCCUCCAAAUUUGACUAUCAUUGAUAGCAAAAAUUCUUAGACAAUGGAAGAAGACACUGUCAGGUAUAACCUAUUUUGCCAAUUGAAGCCAUUAAGUACAGUGUAAAAUCUACAGAUUUUUAGAAGCCGUUCUGGAGGUGUCAAUAUGAUAAUCAGCUGUCCAAAAGCAGUCUUUUCACAGUCUGCAAGAGAGUUGGUUGACAGACUGGCUAAUACCUAGCUGCCUCAGCCCUAUAAGGAGUUUUUUUUAGCAAUCUGGUUCGCAUCCUCUUUCAUUUUAAGCAAGCAAAAUGGGUAGAGUAUAGUUAGCCUGGGGACGAGAUUGUCUGUUUGCAUUGUACAUGUGUGCUUGCCUUUGCCUGGACAACAACCUUUGAUGUUCGCUUUACAUUAUCGUUCAGGUCCCCUGUCGACUUUGGUUCAGCGUCAGAUAAAGUAUGGGCACACUUUGCAGGUACUGACAUUUUCUCAAAUAGUAACAGCAUUAAUCGCAACGCAUGCUGGUUUUUCUAGAAAGAGAGGUCGGUGGUAUGUAUAGGUAAUAGCAUGGUUUCGAGUACAAUUUAGAUAUAGCAUGCACGAGUGAGUUUUUCAUUAUUUUCAAAGACCUCAAAAUAGCACAAGCAAAAAACUCACGAUUGCAUGUUUAUCCAAAUUUCACGAGAAACCAUGCUAUUACUUAUUAAUAAUUUUCAUAAAAGUAUUCGAGACAAUCAAAUUCGAACUUCGCCAAGUGUGGGAAUCUUUCCGCUUGGCUAAGUGCGGCCAUCUUUGUUUUGAAAAAAAGAAUAUUUUUAAAUUUUCCCCGCCAAAACGUACAUAGCUCAUUUUGAUUGGUUCAUAUUGAUUACAGAAAAUUGCACUGUGCAUGAUUACAGAAAAUUCCAAUGUGAUUACAGAUUUUUGCACUGGAUUAACUGCACUGAAAUCAACCAAUCACACUCGAGUAAUACUUUUAUGUACAGUAUGAUAUUAAUUGAUUAAUGCGUUUGAUUUUCAUCUUCGCGACCGUGGUUUGAUUUGAGCAUGAUUAUAGAAUGUCGCCGCGCGCAUGUGAGAAAAGUGUUUUCAGUAUGACUCCACGAAACAUUAUUUGAAACCACACUUACGAGUACUGAAAGGCUACAAAAAUUACCGGAACCACUGAGUAUUUUAAUAAAAUACAUAGACUUGGUUCAAGUCCAUCUCAGGAUAAAAGUAGGGAGAGACGGACUUGCGACAUUUGCAGCAUUUCGAAUGUUACUUGCAAAAAUUAGCGCGAAAAUUUGUUGUUGUUCUCAACUGGCAAGCCACGCUUCCGUAGGAAAAACCCGACGGUUGCAGGGUAUCCAAGUCCGUCUCUCCCUACUUUUCUCUCAUAUUUUCGCGCCUUUUUUGACCGCUCGCAUGCAUCGCUAUUUUCAACCCCUUGAGAGACGGACUUGAACCAAGUCUAUAAAAUAUAAAACAACGGUAACUCCGAAAAUAAACAUUUUAGUCGUUCUAGCUUUCGACUAAGAUUCAGUGAAGAUUCAGUCAUCAUCAGGAAUGAUACUAGGUUACACUAGACACAUAGUUAACUACGAAGUCAUGCUUAAAUAUAGAUGGCACAUAUAUAAAACAAGAUUUAAGGCAUCUCGCUUAAUACAGGGUAGAACAGAAUAUUGACCUAUAGACUUUCGUUGAUGAGGGGCAGCUAUAUGUAAAACGUCCUUCAAUAAAAGGCCUUUAAAGUUAUUUUCUGUCGAGCGAGAUACCCAAAAAUCGUGACCAUUUAGCAAUAUACCAUACAUUGGCAUCACCUUAGUGGACAGAAACUUGCGGUUAGCUCUUGGCAACCGGAGUCUGAUAGCCCAGGGCAUUGCAGUGACAUGGCAUCGCAGAGCCGCGUGUUAGAUUGGGUCUGCCCUAUCGAAGGCCCAUACACACAGGUAUGACUCCCAGUCAGGUCUAAAAUUUGUAAAUAAUUUUGGCUUGAAAUUUCAAAACUCUUCAACAUUUAUAAAAUCACCUUUUUCUUUUUCUAGCCCAAGGAUGUACUCGUACGUCUAAACAAAUGCUGGCCAGGAAUCGUAUAAUCAGACAGGUAUUUCCAUGAAUAUUCUUUGUAGAUACAACGAUCAUAAUUUUCCAAACAGUAAUGCCGGAACUUUGCGUUUUAUAUUAUACAAACCCAAUUACAAUCAUUACGCUACUCAGGAGUCCGUCAUCCUGAAUAUAAGGGAAAUUAGCACCACUGGUCGUCACUUCAAAGAUUGAUUAAAGAUAAAUUGGAACAGGUGUAUUUUAAUUCUAGAAAUAUCAUGGCUAAAAAUUCUAUAUCAUCAAAGAUUAUUUCGGUCUUCAUAAACGUCGUGUGGGGGGAGGAGGGCUCAGUCUCUUCCCUCAAACUGCAAAGAAAUUUUAACGAGCGGGUUAUAAGCCCCCUGUGCUCCCUUUCCACUACACCCCCGCUAUUGGUGCAGCAUGCACACUGUUAUUAUUAUUAUUAUUAUUAAAACUUUAUUUAGGCACGGUAUUAAUCAUCAGGAUUUACAUUAUAUGGGCUACAUUAGCCGUUUUCACAUUAGAAGACGGACAAGUCGUCUAGACGAACAAAUCGUCUCAAAAUCGUCUUUUAGUCGAACAAAUCAUCAGAUGUGAAAACGUGUCGGACAAAAUUUUACACGAACAAGUCGUCUGAAUUUGUUCGACUACUUGUCCGUCUGUGAAGACGAUUUUUGAGAGACGAUUUGUUCGUCUAGACGACUUGUCCGUCCCUAAUGUGAAUAGGGCUAUUGACUAAACUAUAUUACAAAAACUACAAUGAUUACAAAGUUAUCUCUAUACCUGCUUUCCAUGAGGGCCGUGUAUUAAAAAUAGCCAUUAAAAUUUAUAAAAGACUUCUACAGCCCGCUCGAAAAUUGUCAAGGGACUGUGCUUGCCGUAACCCGAUUGGAAGACUGUUCCACAGCACAGCACCACUAUAACUAAAGCUGUUUUUCAAAUAGUUUGUGCGAGGCAUAGGAACAGCUAAUUUAUUCUCAGUGUCACGCAAUUGGAUUGAAGUUACACUUUCACGAUCAGUAAACAUGGAGUGCAUAUAGUCGGGAGCUAAUCAUUAAGAGAUUUAUAGACCAUUACAGCCUUUUGAACUUUACGCUGAAAGGAAAGUGUUUUCCAAUUGAGCUUUUCAAAGAGUGAAUCGGCAUUAGUGUCAUAGCUAGAGAAUGUUGAUAAUGUAAUGCAACUUCGAAGGUUUUCACUGCCAAUAAUUAGGUAAACACCCAUUCCUAUGCUACUAUUUAACACUAACAACUUUAUUCACUAUAAGCAUGUUGGUUUUCUUCUAGACAUCAACUUCCCGGGCAGACUCUGCUUUCUCGGUACGAACCCAGUCAUUUGAUCGUGAGAAACGUGAUGGCGACGAAAACAACGGUAUAUACAUGAUAUUUGUGAUGUUACUCUGAGUGUAUAUCCACACCGGGCGAGCUUGAAAAAUAUGCCUGGCCACGGUGGGAUUCGAACCUACGACCUUUGGAAUACUAGCUUCUUUGUAAGCAUAUGUAGGGGUGAAUCCAUGCAUGUUCGCCUUAUAGAUGGAGUGUAUACCAUCCAAUAGGGUGCAAGUUCAACUUUGACACAUACAGGGGUUGGACGAAAAGGAAAACCAGGUUUAACUCUCAUCAAGAUUUGAGGCCAACUCAAAGUUACUUGAAAUACUUGAACUGCUUUGUUGAUCACGAGGUCUGCAAGCAGUAGCUGAACUCCCCGAUUUGGCCAAUUUCAAGUUAUAUGUUUCCAUAUGAUUGCACAUGGGUCCUAUCAUAGUUAAUAGAAUAGAUGGCUUGGAAGCUCAUUAAAAUAACGAUAUAACUCAUUAUCUAUGUUAAUCAACGUUUAAACAUUCAUAAAUAUGUUCCUUCACCGUCACGUGUGUGUUGUAUUUUUGCCAAAUCCACCAAUAGCAAUUUCCAAUUUACCCUAUUGUUCGAGUCACGGAUAGGCAACUUUCCUAAAGCAUUGCUAUUGCAUGGUUAGUUGGGCAAAAAUUAUACACUACGCACGUGACGGUGAUGGACUAGAUUUAUGAAUAAACGUUGACUAACAUAGAUGAAUUUUUUUUUCUGUGUUGGUGUAGUGUACUCAGGUGAAUAUGAUAUUUGUGGUGUUACUCUGAGUGUAUAUCCACACCGGGCGAGCUUGAAAAAUAUGCCCGGCCACGGUGGGAUUCGAACCUACGACCUUUGGAACACCAGCCCAAUGCUCCUCCAACUGAGCUACCGUCCUGACCGCGUAGCUCAGUUGGAGGAGCAUUGGGCUGGUGUUCCAAAGGUCGUAGGUUCGAAUCCCACCGUGGCCGGGCAUAUUUUUCAAGCUCGCCCGGUGUGGAUAUACUCUCAGAGUAACACCACAAAUAUAACAUAGAUGAGUUAUACUGUUAUUCUAAUGAGUUUCCAAACCAUCUUUUCUAUUAACUAUGGUCAUAUGCCAAUUGAUAUACAAAGUGUGCUCAUUUUCUAAUUCGUAGACUGCAUGCAUUUAGAUUGCAUUCUCAUUUGAUUUAGAGAGUUUUUAGUCUAGAUUCAAGAUAACGGUUUUGAACCAGAAAUGCACUAAAAUUAUUGAGUGCACCCUUCCGGAAAGUGCCCGACACAUUUACGAAAUAAUACAGAUAAGUAAGUCAAAAUAAAAUACCUGUCCUGUUUAUGAUUAUUUCAUCAGUAUAGCCUGUCUCAGUCAUGCAGGGGAACUAGGUUCUAUAGCUGCGGCUAAAUCAUUUCCGUAAAAAUGUAUUCUUCGCACAAAAAGUGUUUUAAUAUCCGGAAUUUAACUAAAAAAAGGGUCUAAAUGUAAAAUUAUAAAAAAUUCACUAGCUAAUAUAAUUAUUUCGGUGCGCAAUGGUAUUUUCAGGAUAGUGAACGUUCUAAGGUAGGUAUUUGUUAUAACAAGGGUGGAUCUAAAAAGCCCACAGUUACUAUUUGUAACGUUCCAAAGGUGGAGGUAUAUUGUGAAUUUCAGUGGACCAUUUUCACAGUUUGAUGCAUGCAAAUGAUGUUUCCUAGAUAUGGGUCUAUAAGCCAACAUAACAAAAGUUUGAUUUCUAGUUUCUCGAUGCGCCAAUCUAUAGACAAUCCACGAGAAUUACACUACAGUUCCCCCAGAUUUGUACGAACUCUCUCAUUUCUGGAAAUUACAAACUAUGCAAAGUAAAAUCAUUUACUGUAUUAACAAUUAAUGUUGAUGUAUUUCUGGCUCAAAACCGCGCUCAAAAUCUACUAUGUGACAAAGAAUAACCAUUUUUGUUUACACAUACAAAGUUACACAAGUGCGUACGAAAACAUACGGUGACAAAGAACUGGGUAUGUUAUUUUUUUAUGCGGGACACUUGUCCGUCGACAUUUGCCUCUAAUGUGCUGCCGUUUCUUGUUAAAGUGCACCUAACCUCAAUUCAUCAUCUCAUUCUUAAUAAGAACGUCUGAAAUGAUAUAAUAACUUAUUUUGAAGAUUUUCGUUUGCUCACUUUGUUUCUCAGAUAUUUCAGUUUGGUAUGCGAAUAUCCGGAAUUUAUGUCACAAAUGCAUGAUUGAAAGUAAAAGCUUGUAUAUCGUAUUCACUAUCGAGUUUAAUUCAUUAAAAUUAAGUGUGAGAGGAUUACACACCUAUGUAAAACACCAUUUAGCCUUUUUAUUUCAUGAUAUUUAACUGUACCUUACAUUCUUUGAUCAGUCAUUAUUCAUAUGUGACGUAAAUUCCGGACAUUUGCAUAUCAAUAAAACUGAAAUAACUUCGAGACAAAGUGUACAAACGAAAAUCUUCAAAAUACGUUACAAUAUCAUUUCAAAAGUUUCUUAGGAACGAGAUGUUAGAAGAAUUGAGGUUAGGUGCACUUUAAGACGACUUCACUGUACAUACGUCUUGCCAUUGGAUGAUUGCUAUGUAUGCCCAAAAUUCAUUUGUCUCCAGCACGCACAUGCAAGUCACAACCUUGAUUGACUAUGAUUAGAACAAACUUGGAAUUUUAAAAUUCGGAUCGUUUGAACAAAUCUUCUGUUUUUUCUUACUAGCUAUACCUGCAAAUGAUGGCGAUGUUUUAGCAAAUGAUAAAUCACCCAGAGCUGAAGAACGACCUCACUCUGGAACACGUGCGUAUUCAGCAGUAAGAUCACCAUGGGAACGCUGACCCAUGGCAAUAACAAUAUUUACAAGCACUUUACUACCAUCUGUUUCACGAAUCAAACCUAAUGGCAAUGCGAGCCUUUACAAAGCAUGUUCCUUAUUAUCACUAGACGUCACCAUAGUUUGUCAAGAUAUGAUGGUCUGGAAGCGCAGCAAACUUCAUAGUCACAUAAUAGAAGACCUUUGUUUGAUGUUGAACUGUGCCUCGCCGUGCACAAAUUCUUUGUCUCAACUGCAUUAAAUACUAUUUAUUCUGGUUGCACGUUUCAUCUCAGCUAUCCCUAUUGGACGGUUACUUCAUUAUACGAAAAUACAAUGAGUUCAAUCACCGUGACCCUGCACAAAUUAACAUAAACUCCAAACAAAAACAUCAAACAGUGACUUAUGUUUAGUUCCCAGACCCACCAUACCUUGAUAGACUAUCACUUCACCAAUAAACACGCCACUAUUUUUAAUUUGACUCCUCUUGCCAUUUUUGAAUAUUUAAUUCCAAUUAUUGUCGAGUAACCGAAGGUAUUUUCGUCACAAUAAUUUUUGUGUUGCAUAGAAGUGCUCAGUAGUUCCUGUAAUAAACGUUUGCAACUACACGUUGUUGCAGGCACUAUUCUUGACACUGCUUGCGUUUCCGUCCACAGAUCACUCGUGCCCAGUCUCUUGCACAAUCUAUGUACAGUUGCGAAUCUCGAUCUGCUUGCAGCAGUUUGGACGACCGGCAAGUUGUCUGGAUGCCGUUGCGCAAUUGGUACAGGUGUCCACUCAAUGGACAACUUGCAUGUUAGACUAAAUUUUUAUUUAAGUAAAGAGGCGAAUCGAACACAAAAGCUAAAAAGAACAUAGUGAAAUUAGUAAAAUUUGGUUGCGAAAUGUUGUAAUGCUUGGAAAAUAUAGCUUUGCAAAGUUUGCAAAUUUUGUAUAUGUUUGUAUGACGUGCGGAAAUUGUUA